AUGGAAUCCAUUGUUAAUUGCCAGCUCUUGAGGUAUCUAGAGGGCCACCAGCUGAUUAGCGAUUAUCAGUACGGCUUUCGUCGUGGUCGUUCGGCUGGUGACCUUCUUGUAUACCUUACACAUAGAUGGGCAGAGGCAAUUGAGUCCAAGGGGGAGGCGCUAGCGCUUUCUGGCCGAUCGGAGCAUCAAGGUCGUCAUCGACGGAGCAUGUUCCGACCUAAAACCCGUAAACGCUGGGGUCCCACAAGGCUGUGUUCUGCCUGA